AUGUUCGCGCUCCGUGGUGGUGGCCGCUGGCUCGCGGGCCCCUUCCCCGGGCGGCCCCGGCCGGCAGCCCCGUGCAGCGGGCACAGCGCGGCGCCCCGCGCUCCGCACUUCGACGUGGUGGUGGUCGGCGGAGGACACGCGGGGACCGAGGCGGCCGCAGCCUCCGCCCGGUGCGGGUCACGGACCCUGCUGCUCACGCACCGGGCCGCCGCCAUCGGUCAGAUGUCCUGUAACCCUUCCUUUGGUGGCAUUGGAAAAGGGCAUUUAAUGAGGGAAAUUGAUGCCUUGGAUGGCCUGUGUUCGCGAAUCUGUGACCAGUCUGGUGUGCAUUACAAAGUAUUGAACCGGCGUAAGGGACCAGCGGUUUGGGGUCUGAGAGCUCAAGUUGAUAGGAAACUCUAUAAGCAGAACAUGCAGAGAGAAAUCCUAAAUACCCCGCUGCUAACCGUUCAGGAGGGAGCUGUAGAAGAUCUUAUCCUUGCAGAGCCAGAGCCUGGGCACACUGGGAAGUACCGUGUCAGUGGCGUGGUUCUGGCGGAUGGGAGCACGGUGUGUGCUGAGAGCGUGAUUCUGACCACUGGGACGUUCCUGAGAGGUGUGACUGUGAUCGGACUGGAGGUGCAUCCAGCAGGACGCUUAGGGGAUGAGCCUUCCAUAGGGUUGGCCCAGACUCUGGAGAAGCUGGGGUUUGUGGUGGGAAGAUUGAAGACCGGGACUCCACCUCGAAUUGCCAAAGAGUCCAUUAAUUUCAGCGUUCUGAACAAGCACACCCCAGACAGUCCAUCUGUACCCUUCAGCUUCAUCAAUGAGACAGUGUGGAUUAAGCCAGAGGACCAGCUGCCGUGCCACCUGACACACACCAAUCCGCGAGUGGACGAGAUUGUCCUGGACAACCUUCACCUCAACAGUCACGUUAAGGAGACUACGAGGGGACCCCGAUACUGCCCAUCCAUUGAAUCAAAGGUUUUGCGUUUUCCAAACCGGCUACAUCAGAUUUGGUUGGAACCUGAAGGUUUGGAUUCUGAUCUCAUCUACCCCCAAGGGUUAUCUAUGACACUGCCAGCAGAAUUACAGGAGAAGAUGAUCACAUGCAUCAGAGGCUUGGAGAACGCCAAGAUGAUUCAGCCAGGCUAUGGCGUUCAGUAUGACUACUUCGACCCCCGUCAGAUUGCUCCCUCUCUGGAGACUCGGUUGGUGCAGCGGCUCUUCUUUGCUGGACAAAUAAACGGCACUACCGGCUACGAGGAAGCUGCAGCUCAAGGCGUGGUGGCUGGAAUCAACGCAAGUCUUCGGGUCAGACACAAGCCUCCUUUUGUCAUCAGCCGGACAGAAGGCUACAUAGGCGUCCUGAUAGAUGAUCUCACCACACGCGGGACCACCGAACCGUACCGCAUGUUCACCAGCCGGGCGGAGUUCCGUCUGUCUCUGCGCCCCGACAACGCCGACAGCAGGCUCACGUUCCGAGGGUAUGAGGAAGCUGGCUGUGUGUCCCAACAGCGAUACGAAAGGGCUGCUUGGAUGAAGUCUUCUCUAGAAGAAGGCAUUUCUGUGCUAAAAUCCAUUGAGCUUUCAAGUUCUAAAUGGAAAAAGUUAAUUCCAGAGGCUUCUAUGAGUAUUGAUAAAAGUCUACCACUCAGUGCUCUAGAUGUCCUGAAGUAUGAGGAAGUUGACAUGGAACGGUUAGCCAAGGCCGCCCCAGAGCCCCUGAAGAAGUACACUACAUGUACACAGCUAGCUGAAAGACUGAAAAUAGAAGCCACUUAUGAAUUGGUGCUCUUCUAUCAGCAACAAGAAAUAAAGGAAGUUCAGCGAGAUGAAGCUCUCCGGCUGCCAGAAGACCUGGAUUAUCUGACUCUUAGGGGUGUGUCUCUGUCCUCUGAAGUCCGAGAGAAGCUACAUUUCAGUCGCCCACAGACGAUUGGGGCUGCUAGUCGCAUACCUGGAGUGACACCUGCUGCCAUCAUCAACCUGCUCAGGUUUGUGAAGACCACCCAGCAGAGACAGGGGGCUUUGAAUGAACUGCCCAAAACUGAUCCGCGCCUGUGCGAUACAGACAAACUUGAAGAGAGACAGUUGUAGCUUUCUACUCAUAGAAGACUUUUAAUCAACAUGAGAGCAUAAUAGGAGAUAAGCAGCAUUAUAUUGGACCCAUUAAAAUAACCUUGUUAGUUCUGAUGGGUUUGUCAUCAGCUCAUGAACAGGAUGGAGGUUUAGUUGUGCUGUUUGCCUGUAUCUCAAAAAGCAGUUGUAAAGCCCUCCUUCUCCAGGAGCCUAUUGAUGAAGCUUUGUGCAAUUGUUCCUCAGAGAUGGAACAGUGGACCUACAAGUAAAGCUGAAAAAUACCAGCUUCCAGAUUUGCCUGUUCACAAGGGCUUGGGCCAUAAAAUGUAACAAAAGUGAAGCUCUCAUCCUUCAACUGGCUUUGAAAGUUAGUGUUGUCUGCUUUGUUGUGGGUCUGGAGGUGAUUUCCAAGCCCUCCGAUUCUUAAGGCUAAAAAUUUUAGACUGUAUAAAAUCAUCCAUAAUCAUUUGGCUAAUUUCCAAUAUUGGAAUGUGAUAUUAGUGUAAAAGUUGACUUCUAAGAUUGCUGUACUUCUGGAGGAAAUCACCACCAGUAAUUGCCUUUGAACAUUAAUAAAGACACUGUAAAACAGAUUAGAAAUCAUCAGUUUUUCCAUCAUCCACAGUGUGGAAAUGUUUUGGUAACCUGGUUGAGGGAGAAUAAAGGUAGUUGUUUGAUAUCAUACAGUAUUUUCUUUGACACUCUAAGGCACAGUUUCUUAGCACUGAAGACAAAUCUGUAGUAAUGGGUGACUAGCAUUGCUGUUUAAGUCAGAACUGACAUAAACCCCGAGGGGUGCUGGCCUUUCUCUUCUAACAGUUCUUCAACAGUGUGGCCGCAGUUGGUCAGGUGGGACGACCAGCAGCCCUCUGGCUGACUCCUCGGGCCCGCGACCUCUCCAGAUAGACUGGAAAGUGAACACAGUCCAGUGGGCCGAGGGCCCUGCUUCCACCUGGAGGUGCUGCUCGGGUCUCCGGUAGCUGUCCAGGGAGACACCCUUGCAUCAGCUCCAGGCCAAAGCAGGCACGCGCGGCGGGCAGCAGCCCCAGAGUCACCUGGGCUCCAGAUCUGUAGGUGAAGCCUGAGUAUGCGGGUGAGGCAGCCGAAACCUUGUUCUGUAGUCGUGUUUGGCUGCUUGAAUGCUCAGUUUUCAUGGAUUUGUUUCAUAAAGUCUAGGUUGGCAACCAGUGAAAGGUACUUGUAACUUGGACUGUCCAGCAAUGCGGAAUUCUUUGGCGUCUGACGCAGUCAUCUCACAGAGCGGCGGCUUUUCCUUUUGUCAUCGGGGCCACUUUAGGGCAGAAUUCUUACUACAGAGGCAAUACUGGGUACAACACUAGAUUGUGUUUCGUUAAAAGGUAUUUUAGCACUAGAAGGGAAAUCACUGGUUUUAAAUUGCUUCCUGGUUAAGGAGUGAAACAAGUGAAUGGGGGGCUUACUGAGUGGAGUAUCAGAAAACAUCACCUUGAGGGACCGGAAGGUCCCUGACAGCAGUGAUUUGGGCCGGGUGAGAACUGUGCUUGUCAGUGAACUUAAGCUUUAUAAUGUGAUUCCAUUAGUGGUAACUCGUUGAAAAUGUUUGAUGGAAAACAUUUGUUUUAGGUUCUGCCAUUUGGUUUAAAUGUGAAAUCUUUUUAAAUCCAUCAUACAAAAUACGUUGACUUAUAUAAAAUUAUGUCACUUAAAAGAGUAUUUCAAAACAGCCUCCCUUUUGGUGCUGUGAGCCAGAAGUGCUACAGGCCACAGCACCCUGGGAAGUCAGCUGAAUAUGUAACCUUGCCCAGUGGACCUUCCUGCUAGAAAUCCCCCAACAGUGAUGACCGUCAGCCUCCGGCAGAAGGUCAGCUUUCCUCCACCCGUCACAGACCAUCCUGCCUGGUGGUAGAAAGGCCAGGGCCUGAAGUUCAUGUGGACAGGAAAGAGGGAGCGGCCAAGAAACCCCCAGUGUCUAAAAUAAUUGGUUAGGGGAUGGAGGGAGGGAAGGUGAAGACAGGCACCUAUAAUUAAGUCAUUAUGACCUUGAAUUGUGAAGUUACCUUACAGCCAAGUUUGAAGUUUAUUACUGAUACUUUUUAAGUAUUUUGUCAUUUUUGAGUCUCACCCUAGCUUAAUUGUCAUGGCUUUUCCACUUCAGAAAUACCACCUCCUAGAAUGCAAUGCUGUCCAGAGCAGUCCAAACAGUCUGGAUACCCCAGGGAAGCCAAGAGAUGCGAGGGGCUCCUGGGCCGCAGAGCCGUGCAGGCUGGGAGGCGCACAGGGAAGACAAGCCGCUCCUCCCGGGCUCUCUUCCCACAGGAGUCCUGUUACUGCGUGUUCCGCAUUCCACCUUGACUUUAAUACUGCCUUACCUUAGCCUCAUGAUUCAAACCUCUUGGAUACAGGCCACGCCACAGUUGUAGACACCCAGGACAUGCUUUUUGGAGGAAUGAAUAUUACGGAAGAGAUGACAAAACUAAAACGAGUGGGUAAUUAAGUGGGAUAAAAUAUUUGUGACAUGAGUAUUAAGAACUAUGUCCUCUUCAGCAUAGAGAAUAAUAUAGUCAGUGAUUCUGUAACAUCUUACUACAUUGAUAGAUAGUAUCUGCACUAGAGGGGGUGAGGAUUUAAUAUGUGUAACUUGUACCAUUAAAGCCAAUACAACAUUGUAUAGCAACGAUACUUCCAAAAUAAAACUACCUUCUCUUGUGA